UUUCCUUUUCCCUCCCAUACACCACACCACUGGAGGAAUCAUCAUGAAACACCCUCUGCACCCUGCACUCCCAAAAGGCCCUUCUCUUCAUCGAAACCUCUCCUCCCUUAAAUUCACCCCUUUAAACCCCCUCCUCCUCUCACUUCUCACUCCCUCUCCCGGAAAACCAUGAAAAUCACUUCUCACCCGCUCUUCUUCUUCUUGUCUUUAUUCAUCUUCAGAACCAGUGUGGGUUUCUCUGCAACUCUCCCUCUUCAAUUCCUUUCUUUGCUCUCCCUUAAAUCCUCUCUCAAGGACCCUCUCUCCUCUCUCCGCGACUGGAACCCCACCACCGUUACUAGCUCUUCUUCUUCUACGCCUCUCUGGUGUUCCUGGACAGGGGUUGUAUGUGAUCGAAAUACCUCCCAAAUUACCUCACUCGAUCUCUCUCACAAGAACCUCUCUGGAUUCAUUCCUGCAGAAAUCCGUUUUUUAUCUCAACUGAACAUUCUGAACCUCAGCGGCAAUGCAUUUGAAGGAACCUUUCCUACCGCCAUUUUUGAAUUAUCGAUGCUCAGGACACUGGACAUCAGUCACAACAAUUUUAAUGGUAGUUUCCCGCCCGGGAUCACCAAGCUCAAGUUUUUGACAGUUUUUAACGGUUACAGCAAUAGCUUUACUGGUCCGUUGCCACAUGGGAUCACUCGGCUUCGGUUUCUCGAAGAGCUCAACCUCGGGGGGAGCUUCUUCAAAGGUGGUAUACCGACGGGUAUUGGAGGUUUGCCGAGAUUAAAGUUUUUACAUUUAGCUGGGAAUCUUUUGCAUGGACCAAUUCCACCUGAGUUAGGCUUUAUGACUAGGCUGGAGCAUUUGGAGAUUGGGUACAAUGAGUUCUCCGGCGGGAUUCCGGUGGAGUUCGGGCUGUUAUCGGAACUCAGAUAUCUAGACGUUGCCUUUGCAAAUUUAUCUGGUCUUCUGCCGCCGGAGCUUGGCAAUUUAACCAUGCUCGAGUCGCUUUUUCUCUUCAGAAACCGAUUUGAUGGUCCAAUUCCGGCGACCUACUCGGAGUUGCGGGCAUUGAAGGUACUUGAUUUGUCAGAUAACCGGCUUUCUGGUCAGAUUGCGGAGGGUUUGUCUUCGUUAAAGGAGAUGAGUUUGUUGAGCUUAAUGAACAACGAUCUAACUGGCGAGAUCCCAGCUGGAAUUGGCGAGCUUCCCAACCUCGAGUCCCUACUGCUUUGGAACAAUUCGCUGACAGGAAAUCUGCCACAAAACCUUGGCUCAAAUGCGAAGUUGCAGAAGCUCGAUGUUUCUUCCAACUCGUUAACUGGUCCGAUUCCACCGAGUCUCUGCCUUGGAAAUCGACUUGCUCGACUCAUUCUUUUUUCCAACAGGUUUGACUCUGAGCUCCCUCCAUCACUUUCAAAUUGCACUUCUCUGUGGAGGUUCCGGAUCGAAGAUAACAGACUGUCCGGCGCCAUCCCUCUCGGUUUCGGUCUCUUGCCUAACCUGACUUACAUGGACCUGAGCAAGAACAACUUCACCGGCGAAAUCCCAAGAGAUCUCGGCAAGUCCGUGAAUUUGGAAUACUUGAACAUUUCCGAGAACUCAUUCAACAGUCCAUUACCGGAUAACAUAUGGAGUGCGCCGAAUCUACAGAUAUUCUCGGCGAGUUUCAGCAAACUCACAGGGAAAAUUCCCGAUUUUAUCGGAUGCCGAAGCCUGUAUAAGCUGGAAAUGGAGGGAAAUUCGCUCAAUGGAAGCAUUCCGUGGGAUAUCGACCAUUGUGAGAAGCUUCUGUCUUUGAAUCUCCGGCAAAAUUUGCUCACUGGGAUAAUCCCGUGGGAACUGUCGACGCUACCGUCCAUCACCGACGUUGAUCUCUCUCGCAACUUCCUCACCGGUACGAUCCCCUCGAACUUCGAUAACUGCAGUACGUUAGAGAGCUUCAAUGUGUCGUUCAAUCUCCUUACUGGUCCUAUCCCGUCUUCCGGCACGAUCUUCCCGAACCUCCAUCCAUCGUCAUUCUUCGGCAACGAGGGCCUCUGCGGUGGAGUGGUCGAGAAACCCUGCGCUUCCGACAGGAUGACGACUGAUGACGCCAGAUUCCAUGAGCAACCCAAGAAGACCGCCGGAGCGAUCGUGUGGAUCAUGGCGGCUGCUUUCGCCAUCGGGCUCUUCGUUCUGAUAGCUGGUAGCCGAUGCUUCCACGCGAAUUACGACCGUCGAUUCGUAGAUGAUCAAAAGGCUGGCCCAUGGAAGCUAACCGCGUUCCAAAGAUUGAGUUUCACGGCGGAUGAUGUGCUAGAAUGUUUAUCAAUGAGCGAUAAGAUAAUCGGGAUGGGGUCCACAGGGACUGUAUACAAGGCAGAAAUGCCAGGUGGCGAGAUCAUAGCGGUUAAAAAGCUGUGGGGUACGCAUAAAGAUACGGUGCGGAGGAGGCGAGGUGUGCUAGCGGAGGUGGAUGUGCUGGGGAACGUGAGACACCGUAAUAUCGUGAGACUACUUGGGUGUUGCAGCAACAACGAGACAACAUUGCUGUUGUACGAAUACAUGCCGAAUGGGAGCUUGGACGACCUACUGCAUGGGAGGAACAAGGGAGAGAAUCUGAUAGCGGAUUGGGUCACCCGGUACAAGAUAGCACUGGGCGUGGCGCAGGGGAUCUGUUACCUCCAUCACGACUGUGACCCUGUUAUCGUGCACCGGGACGUGAAGCCCAGCAACAUUUUGUUGGACGCCGAGAUGGAAGCGAGGGUGGCAGAUUUUGGCGUGGCCAAGUUGAUCCAAACGGACGAGUCCAUGUCGGUCAUUGCCGGGUCGUACGGCUACAUUGCGCCAGAGUAUGCUUAUACAUUACAAGUGGACGAGAAAAGCGAUAUAUACAGCUUCGGGGUGGUGUUGAUGGAGAUACUGAGUGGGAGGAGAUCGGUGGACGCCGAAUUCGGGGACGGCAACAGCAUUGUGGAUUGGGUGCGGUCGAAGAUCAAGAGCAAGGAUGGAGUGACGGAAAUCCUUGACAAGAAUGCCGGUGCAUCAUGCGCUUCCGUGAGCGAAGAGAUGAUGCUGGUUCUAAGAAUAGCAUUGCUCUGCACAAGCCGCAACCCGGCUGACCGACCGUCUAUGAGGGACGUUGUGUCAAUGCUGCAAGAGGCCAAGCCCGAUAGGAAGAUCCCCGGCAGCCAAGGUGACAGCGGCGGUGGUGGUGCUAACUCUGUGCCUCAAAAGUCAGGAUUAGAGUGUUAAUAUUAAUUUUAUGCUUUCUUUUUCAUUAUGGGGGUUGGUAUAGCCGUACAUGAUCAGAAGGAAUUCAAAUUUAGGAUCUUUUUUCCUUCUUUGUUGAUGGAAAUUCUGUUUCAUAAACUAAUUAAUCAUGCAAGUUAGUUUUGGGUUAUUAUUCUAA